AUGUCUCCCACUCCUCCAUCUACAACCUCAUCGAGCGCUAGCGCAUUUUCGCCGGAAGGUCUUCAUAAAAUUACUAGGAAGAGAAACCGGGUGCCACUUUCCUGUGCGCCUUGCCGGCAACGAAAGUUGAAAUGUAACCGUGCACAACCUUGUGAGAACUGUAUCAAACGAGGCGAUGCCACAUCAUGUUCAUAUGCUCAGGCAAACGUACGAAAGAAGAAUCCGCCUCCGCUGUCUGCUUCAAGUUCGCCAGACGACAUGCAGAAUCGCAUUGACCGGCUUGAGAAUCUUGUUCUGUCCCUCAUGACGAACGGUUCGCAGGCCGGCGGUCCAGCUGCAGCCCUUGCUGCGAUAUCUGGCAACAGCAGUAGCACUGGCUCUGUACCACAUACCGGGGAUGUAGACAUAGAGGACGACGCACCCAAUGCUCCGGAGGAGAGUGACACUGAGCAGGUCACCAAAUCGUUUGGCAUAAUGAAGGUCGACAAUAACAAGUCAUGGUAUUUCAGCGAAGCCCAUUGGGCUACUGUAAUGCAUGAUAUCACGGAAGUCCGCAAUUUCUUCCAGACGCACAAAAAACAGUACGAGGAACAAGCCCAGAAAUUGGAGGCAACGAAGUUGCCUACCGAUGUUUCAGGCUCUGCAUUACUGUUUGGAGCUACAAAGCCGCUUAGCCGAGCAGAAAUCAUGUCUUCUUUUCCUUCAAAGUAUACAACGGACAUGUUGAUUGAACGAUAUUUCAGCUGUUACGACCCUUCGACUCAUAUUCUCCACGGCCCAACCUUUCAAGCCCAGUACAACCGUCACUGGGAGGAUCCUUCGCAGACGUGCACCGUUUGGAUCGCUAUGCUCUUCGCCAUGAUGCGGCUGGCCAUGUUAUCAUACCAUCGUGAUGGAGACGAGCCACCGGAGUUCCGGGGUAAAUCGUUAGACAUGGCUGGCACGUUUAGGAAUCUUGUUGCGCAGUGCCUUACUUUGGCUGACUUUACCAAAUCAUAUCCAAAUCUGAUUGAAAGCUUGAUAUUCCAUCUUCAUGGAGAUCUCUGCCAGACACGGGAAGCGGACGUAUCAGUUUGGGUGCUGGUGGGUGUGAUUACGAGGCUGGCCAUGAGGAUGGGAUACCAUCGCGAUUCGAAGAUGUUUCCCAACAUCACCCCCUUCCAGGGUGAAAUGCGCCGCCGAGUGUGGUCCUUCGUACGGCAGGCAGAUCUACUGUGCUCCUCUCAAAUUGGUCUUCCAAACAUGAUUCGCACGUCUGACACAGACACGGAACUCCCCCGAAAUUUGUAUGAUGACGAUUUCGAUGAGAACUGCAAGGAGCUCCCUCCGUCUCGACCCCCGAAUGAGCCUACACCAAUCUCGUAUCUUAUUGCCAAGUCACGCUUGACAUUUGUCUUUGGCCGUGUCCUCGAAACAACAGCCCCCCUUCAAACUCCAGUUUCUUACGACACUGUUAUGGAGGUUGAUGCGCAGCUUCGGCGAGCUAGAGACUUGAUACCUGAGCACCUGCUUGUUCGUCCGAUUGAAGACUCUCCACGGGAGUCACCCACUCUGAUUCUUUCUCGCUUUACGAUUGCAAGUGUGUACCACAAAGCGCAAUGCGUCCUCCAUCGAAAAUACCUAGUUCGAGCGCACGAGAACCCUCGCUUCACAUACUCAAGAAGAACAUGCAUAGAUUCCGCUAUGGAAUUGCUGCGGUAUCAAUCGUUGCUCCACACUGAAACUCAACCCAUGGGGCGACUACGAAGUAGACACAACCGGGUUACCUCUCUCGGCUCGACCGACUAUCUCCUGGCAGCGACGAUUAUUUGCAUCGAUAUGUAUCAUGGACAACGACUUCAGGCUGCAGGCAGAGUAUCCAGUGACUCAUAUGCUUGGGGUAGAGAGCGACGAGAAGAAUUAAUAGCCGCCCUGCGGCGAUCCAAGGGAAUAUGGGAGGAACUUCAGGACGAGACGAUAGACGCUUGGAAAGCAGGCACCGCCCUUGGGGUGAUGCUCUCAAAACUGAACCUUGGAUAUCCUGAAAGUACCGCUCCUGCGCCGACAUUUGAGCCGCAGGAUGAGAAACAAAGUGCGGCGAUGACCCUGGGUCUCCUCAGCAGCGGAAUGAGCCCUGUAAAUCCCGGCCACCAAGUCCUCAACGAUCCUACGUACAAGAUGACAGAUGCGCCCUUGCCAGCGCAGGGUGCACUAGGAACGACAGUCGACAUGCCAGGAGCGCCUUCGCCUUUCAACGCAAUGUUUGGGCAGCUACCUGAUAUGCAGCUCAAUCUGGAUUGGGAUGCCUGGGAUACCUAUAUUCAGAAUUCGACGCUAGAUGCGUCAUCACAAUGGUGGCCCUCGGCCGAGGUGCAACAACAACAGCAGCAGCAGCAGCAAAGCCAAAGUCCUCUGUCACCCGUACAGCUGUCCGCCGUGCAGAGUGGCGGAGCUGAUCGACUUCGCUCGAUGCCCCGCGGUCCCCCUAACCUUUUCUCUCCGGACAGCAGUGGCUAUGACAAUAGCAGUCCACUUGCGGCGGCAGCCUUUACCGCCAACCCACUCCAACAUCCGAAGAAAAUGCAUUGUUUCCGAGCAGCUUGCCGGCUGCUGUCUUCCACAGCACCAGCGCCGUUACGCUCAACCAGAGCACUUCCUUCCCUCCAAUCUCGCCUGGCAGUUCCUGUUCGGAUUUCGCAGCCUACUUUGCAGAGUCGUUGGAACAGUACCGAUGUGAACAAUGAGCGCAAACCUGUUGAGGAGAGCGAGCAGCGCGAGAAGACCGAGGAGGUGGAACAGUCGCGCGAAGAGCCGUCGAUUCGGUUCAUUCAGACAGAACUGAAGGCUGGUAACCAGAGGCCGGUUCAGCAGGAGAAGCCGCAGGAGCAGGAGCAGGAGCAGGAAGCAUCUGACGCUGAGAAGCAGACGGAAGCGCGGAGGCGAAGACUCCAGGAGCCGCCGACCCCCAAGGAGACGGUUUUCAUUGGCAAUAUCUUCUAUGAUGUGACUCGUGAGGAUCUGAAGAAGGCGAUGGAGAAGUAUGGUGUUGUUGAGAAGGUGGUUCUCGUUCUUGAUAACCGGGGCAUUAGCAAAGGAUACGGCUAUGUCCAAUUCGACUCUAUCGAUGCCGCCCAGCGCGCAGUGGAUGCGUUGAACUUGCGUCUAUUCGAGGGCCGCCGCGUGACCGUGCAAUUCGCCCAGAACAAUGUUUACCACCGCCGGCAAUUGAACGCCCCUACCCGCACGCUGUACAUUGGUAACUUGCCUUUCGAGAUGACGGACCGGGACCUCAACGAGCUGUUCAAGGACGUUCAGAAUGUCGUUGAUAUUCGUGUGGCGGUUGAUCGUCGCACUGGACAGGCUCGCGGUUUCGCUCACGCCGAGUUCGUCAGCACCUCUAGUGCCAAGGCGGCCAUGGCCAUCCUUGAGAACAAGCUCCCCUACGGACGCAGACUGCGUCUGGAUUACAGCAAGGCCACGAGCCGGACCGUGGUUGGUAGCGACAAGUCUGCUCCCGCGGAGCAGUCAUAA